ACCGGUCGUCACCUGCGGGAUGAAGAGGUUUGUAACUAUUGUCCUUCGUGGUCUAGUCAGCCUGUCUAAGGAUAAGAGCUGUGCAAAGGAGCACGUUCGACACAUGAGGAGAGGGCGCAGAAGAGCACGGACUACAGCAAGGUGGAGAAAGAUGAUCCUGACUGUGUAUUUGAGUGAUGGUGAACAGGCUCUGACCGAGGUGCCCAUCACUCCAGAGACGACGUGUCGCGAUGUGGUCGAGUUCUGUAAGGAGCCGGGGGAGAACGGCUGCCACCUGGCUGAAGUGUGGCGGGCAACGGAACGAGCAAUUCCCUUUGACCACAUGAUGUUCGAGCACCUGCAGAAAUGGGGCCCCAGGAAACAGGAAGUGAAGUUCUACUUGCGCCACGAGGACUCGCCCACAGAGAGCAGUGAACCAGGGAGUCAGCAGUCUCAGGAGCAGGUUAACCAAAGGACUGGAAGUAGCUCUGAUAAGCACAAUGAAAAUGGGGUGGCAAACCCUCGCGUGGAGCUCACUCUCUCUGAGUUGCAGGAGAUGGCUACACGGCAACAGCAGCAGAUCGAGGCCCAACAGCAGAUUCUUGUCGCUAAGGAGCAGCGCCUGCGGUAUCUGAAGCAGCAGGAGCGGAGGCAGCAACAGGCCGUAUCCGAGACAGAGAAGCUGCAGAGGCUGAAAGAAAGAGUGGAAAGCCAAGAAGCCAAACUCAAAAAGAUUCAUGCCAUGAGGGGCCAAGUUGAUUACAGCAAAGUCGUCAAUGGCAACCUGUCUGCCGAGAUCGAGCACAUCAGCGGACUGUUCCAGGAGAAGCAGGCAGAGCUUCAAGCAGCCGUGCUCAGGGUAGACCAGCUGAGUCAGCAGCUGGAAGAGUUGCGCAGAGGCAGACUCAACGGCCUGCAGGGUCUCGGGGGUCAUGUCACCGGCACUGCUGCACUGGAGCUCCGCAAGCUUUACCAAGAGCUACAGAUCCGUAACAAGCUAAACCAAGAGCAGAACAGUAAACUGCAGCAGCAGAAAGAGCUGUUGAACAAGCGCAAUAUGGAGGUGACGCUAAUGGACAAGCGCAUCGGCGAGCUCCGUGAACGUCUCUAUAAGAAAAAAGCUGAGCUGAACAAUGCAAGUGGACCUCCAUCACCUCAGCCAAAUGCAGGCACUGCAGGUCGUGUGGCAGCUGUAGGGCCCUAUAUCCAAGUCCCAGUGCCAUCACGCACAGAGAACAACUACAUGGUUCCACCAGAUCCUCUCAAACCUCAGGCACUGGGUAUGAACACUCCAGCCAACCAUGCUCGAUCUAAAUCAGAUGGCGUGAGAAAGCCACAUGGCCCGUGGAAGGUCUCUGAUUUAGACAUCAUUGUGGACCCGUUCCCUCCAUCUCCUCCGGAGUCUGGCCCGGGCCCCGGGGUCUCUGGCACCUCCUGCUCCACAGAGGGGUCAGACGGAGUCUCUUCUAAUGAUGCAGGGUGGCCCACCCUCACCAAGGGCAGUGCAUCUCUGAAGCCUCCAGACUGGAAAGAAUCAGUAGGAGACAUUCCCAGCAAAACAGCGUCCCCUGCUGGCACCCCGUCAGACAAGGACAUGAGUAAACUCGGCCCAGCUCCACCCCCUCCCUGUAAGCCCCAGCCUCCUCCAUACGGGACUCACACCAGAGCCCACACACUUUCGUCUCUCAAUUCUGGCUCCACUGCCUCGCUGGACCGGCGCAAGGAUAUGCCACUAUGUCCUGUCCCAACCCACUUGAACAACCUCCCUAACCCCAAUGCUCCACCCCCACCUUCCUGGUCGCGUGGUGGCUCCUCCAUGGGCUCCUCUUCACAGCAAAUCCAGCAGCGCAUCUCAGUCCCUCCCAGUCCCACGUUCCAGCCCACCUCUCCGCUUUUCCCACCAGGAGAGAGGUCUGACCCCCCACUGGCUGUGGCAGUGCGCCCAUUUAUCCCAGACAGGGGUUCUAGACCACAGUCACCUAGAAAAGGUCCAGCCACUAUGAACUCAAGCUCAAUUUAUCACAUGUAUCUGCAGCAGGGGGUUCCCAAGAAUUUCCCUCUUGGCAAGUCUUCUGUCAAAGCAGUGUAUGGAAAGCCGGUCCUGCCAUCAAGCUCUACUCCCACCUCUCCCCUUCCAUUCCCGGGCUCUGGGUCUUUCCCUAUGCUACCAGGCACUGUAGGCGAUGUGGUAGACAACGAUCUAGAAAUUGAAGGCCAGACAGCAGGUUUCCCAGAAUCCACUGCACCCAGCGUGGACCACAUUCCUCGCCCGCUCAGUCCGACCAAGCUUACACCCAUGGUGCACUCACCCAUGCGUUUCCAGAGUGAUGCCGAGCUUGAGGUCCUGCGCAGGAAGCUGGCCAAUGCUCCAAGGCCGCUAAAGAAGCGCAGCUCCAUCACAGAGCCUGAGGGACCCAGUGGGCCGAACAUCCAGAAGCUCCUCUACCAGCGUUUUAACACGUUGGCUGGUGGAAUUGAAGGAGGCAUUGGAGGAGUGGGAGGAAGCAGUGGAGUCACCCCUUUCUACCAGCCUACAGGACCAACUGUGGGGGAGACACUGUCUGAUGCAGAUAAUGGGAACGCGUCUUCAGCAGCGCCAGCUUUGACUCUCGUGUGUACAGUGGACGUGCCCUCGCAAGACGUACCCCAGAGUGAUGCCAAUGAUAACCAGCCGGUGCAGCCAGCCAGUGAAACAGCAGUUCCAGCAGCAGCAGAGGAGUCCGAAGACGACAACAAUAACAUCCCAGCAGGACCCGCACCCACUUUACCUAGCCCUGUGCCUGAAGCUAGCUCCCCACAGGAGGCAGGAAGCUCACCAGUCACUCAAGCUAUGGAGAAGCGCACUAACCUGAAGAAACCUGACUCAGAAAGGACAGGCCAUGGCUUCAGGGUGAAGUUCAAUCCACUGGCCCUGCUGCUGGAUGCCUCACUCGAGGGCGAGUUUGAUUUGGUGCAGCGGAUCAUCUAUGAGGUGGAGAACCCCAGCACACCGAACGAUGAGGGCAUCACGCCAUUACACAACUCAGUGUGUGCCGGUCACCACCACAUUGUCAAGUUCCUCCUUGACUUCGGAGUUAACGUCAACGCAGCAGAUAGUGACGGCUGGACGCCGCACUGUGCCGCCUCCUGCAACAGUGUUCACCUCUGCAAGGUGCUGGUGGAAUCCGGCGCCGCGAUCUUCGCCAGCACCAUAAGUGAUGUGGAAACAGCGGCAGACAAGUGCGAGGAGAUGGAGGAGGGUUAUAUCCAGUGCUCACAGUUCCUUUAUGGUGUGCAGGAGAAGCUGGGAGUGAUGAAUAAGGGAGUUGUGUACGCUCUGUGGGACUAUGAGGCUCAAAGUGCAGACGAGCUGCCGUUCCAGGAGGGAGAUGCCAUCACUAUCCUGCGCAGGAAAGAUGACACUGAGACAGAGUGGUGGUGGGCCAAACUUAAUGACAAGGAAGGCUAUGUACCUCGUAACCUGCUCGGGUUGUACCCUAGAAUUAAACCACGUCAGAGGUCCCUGGCAUAGCUGGCUACCCCUUUCCCCAUCCAAAUGACUGGACUGAUGUCUGUGGGUGUAGGACCUCCACUAUUUAUCCCCCCAAUCUUUGCUGAUCUAGUUCUUACAAGGUUAAAGCUGCUAAACCAUGCCUUCUUAAUUAGGGGCACCACACACACACACACACACACACACACACAAAUACACAUAUACAGGUUAAACAAAAUGCCUCAGGUCCUAAAGUCUGCCCUAUUACUCCAAUAUCUAGCAUCUCCUCCUCACUUCCCUCCAGCCUGUAAGACUUGGUUUCUCUAUGUAUCAUAUUCUACACAUUCUUCCACCUCUAUCGAAGCACUACUUACUUGGGUUUAUAGCUUUUGUUUUUAAUCCUUGUUUCAGCUUGUGUCGCUCGCUAUCUGAAGCUUUUCGAUACUAUUAUUUUAUGGACAGUAUGCUGGCACACGGCUCCGUCAGAGCAUGGCUGCUUUUGCUUCCAAAGCUUUCAUUUAACAUGGAAAUCUUUAGAGUGAAAAUAGGAUUUGUUAGAAUUGUGUAUUUUACACCGCAUUCAUAUGGAUUAGGAACAAAAGAAUGCGGUCCGAGCGAACGAAUCGUAGCGAUCGAGCAAUGAAAGUGAAAAGAGACCAAAAAAUAAAACGGUUACAUGGGUUAUAUAAAAAAAGGAACAUAUCCUUUAUGUAUGAUGUACAGUCACCGGGCCAAUCAAUUGCAAAAUAUCUGUUUUUUUGUAAUAUGUACGUUAAAGCGAGGGUCUUUGUAUGUGUCGGAUGCAGUGUUAUCAGUAUGAAUGAUCAGCUGCCACUCAGCUGUGAGUGAAGAGUGUGUGUGAGUUCAGUGCACACAGAUGGGCUAUUGAGAUUUCUGAGCUGCACAGCACACAAGAAUUACUUGAAAGAUGACGAAUGGGGUUACGAGUGAAUGAAUGAUGGCGUGUGAGGGCAAGAAACCAAACUGGUGUUGCAGUACCAUUAACAGUAAACCAGCAGUACAAAUGAAUAACAAACUUUGCUACGAUUUUAGUAGAAUGACGUUUUACCCAAAGGGCAAGGUUAGGAACCUUUAAAACAUCUUUUAGUUUUUCUCCACGAGCAAAUCAAGAGGUAUAAUCAGCAUAUGUAUUUACAUCGUUUUACACCGUAUUAUUUUUUUUAAAACCAUUAUUUAAAUGACAUUGUGCCACUCCAUUUUCCCUCCCAGUUUCGAGGUUGAUCUUUACGCCCUGCCUCUGAGGCGGUAAUGAGCUUUAACGUAGAGUUCAUCUGUAAAUACUGUGAUGAAGCUCUGAAAUCGUUUGUGCCGUGUUCAGUACUCGCCUGUGCAGACUUCUCUAUGACGUACCGAGACAAACACUCGCACCUUCUGUUCUCUACAUGUGCACAAAUAAACAUAUCCCAGUAAGACAA